GUUCAUACCACAACUUCUACUUUCUUCUGGUUACAAAAUGGAGUCUGUUUGAUUAAGGUUUAUAUGAGUUGCUCGCUUAAUUUACCAAGAUAAUCGGUAGUUUUCUCUUUUCUUCUUCUUCGAUUUCAUGAGCAGCUACUGGCUGGAACUACUAAUACAAAUAUUUUUGGUGAUAAACAAUUUUCAUUGUAUGGCGAAGCUAUCGAGAAAUUGAGGAGAUUGGAUUGAAGACGUCGUGUCAGUGGUAUCAAUUUCAUGAUGGAUUUUUUAAAAAGAAAAGUCAGUAAACAAAAACGAAGAUACAAAGAAGAUGGCUUUGAUUUGGAUCUAUCUUAUAUUAAACCUAACAUUGUGGCCAUGGGUUUUCCAUCAGAUAAGAUAGAAGGAGUUUACAGAAAUCAUAUUGAUGAAAUAUUAAGGUUCUUGGAAGCAAAGCACAAGGAUCAUUACAAAAUUUACAAUCUGUGUUCUGAAAAAAAAUAUGAUGAGGGAAAGUUUAAUAAUAGAGUUGCACGUUAUCGAUUUCCUGACCAUAAUGCUCCUCCUUUUCAACUGAUGAAACCAUAUUGUGAAGAUAUGGAUGAAUUUCUUAAUGCUGAUGAAAAAAAUGUUGCCAUUGUCCAUUGCAAAGCAGGAAAGGGUCGUACAGGUGUUAUGAUAUGUGCAUAUCUCCUCCAUAAGGCUUACUUUGAUUCCUGUGUUCAAGCCAUGCAAUAUUAUGGUGAUGCUCGAACAUCCAAUGGAAAAGGUGUUACGAUACCAAGUCAAAAAAGAUAUAUUCAUUAUUAUAGUCAUCUUCUUAAACAUGAACUUAUAUAUAAACCAACAACGUUGCUAAUUACAAACUUUAUUAUGGAAACCAUUCCCAACAUUAGCAACGGAACUUGUGCUCCACUCUUUCAUGUAUUGCAGACAGACGUAAAGAUAUUUUCUUCAAAAUUUAUAGAAUCCGACCAAAGGUUCAAAAAUAUAGUUUUUAAAUUACCACAACCUUUACCCGUCUGUGGAGACAUUAAAGUCCAAUUUUUUUGCAAAGACAGAAAGUUUGGUAUGAAGGACUUGAUGUUUCAGUUUUGGUUCAAUACUUUUUUUGUGUCUGGUCUUACUCCUCAACCAAGUGAAGGCGAAGCAUCCAUGACCACUCAUCAUGACAAAAACGAAAACGAAAUAGAACCGACGUCUUGGUUUGAAUUACACAAAGAAGAUUUAGAUAAAGCAAAUAAAGAUAAGAAAAAUAAAAUCUACUCACCUGACUUUAAGCUGAAAGUUUACUUUAUUGUACCUGGGAACGAGAAGUCUCCAAACUCUAGUGAUGAUCAUGAUGUUACCAAUGGUCUCCAUCCACCCGUAGCUCUAACUCCAACAUUUCUUCCAAGAGAGAGAUGUUCGCCCUCUGCCUUACCUAAAAAUUUUAUUACUCCCUCCAUUUCGAGUGCCAGUAUUGACUCCAUCGCAGGAAAAAGUUGUGCAGAAGACAUGUCGGACACAGAUUCGGAUUCCGAAUGGAAUCGCGAUUGUAGGAAGAAGUGAUUUUAUUUUUACACCAGUGUUGUGAAUGUAUUAUUAUCUAAUGCACAUACUCAAUAUAUGGAGAUUGUAAAAAUUUCAAAGUUAGUUUAGUGCAUGUAUGAUGUAUUGCCAUCACCGCUUUAUAUGUUCGCCAUUGCUUCGUAUUGAGCAUUGUUAGGUUUUUAACUAGUAACUGUUUGAAAUGAAGUGUUGGGAUUUAAUCUGUAUUGGUAAAUACGAUAUUUGGGAAAUGGCCUAAACUUCAUUGUAAGUUGCCCAAAGUUAGCUCUUACUCGUAGAUACUGGCUGAAAUUAUAUCUCGCGGAGAUCGUCUGUUGUGUAGUUAGGCGAUUUUUUAUCAUUUUUUUGAUUAAAUAUGUGGCCUCUCUUAA